UGCCGUUGGGCCGGUGGCGGAAAAGGAGGAGCCGGCGGUGGGCGGUAGGAGCCUGCCUUCGGUCCCCAGCGCCUCUUUUCCCUUGGAAGAAGGGGAGGCAGGCAGGGAGGGGAAGGAAGCCAGAAGUAACGAAGGCCCCUGGAGCCUCCAACGGAAAUUAAAAUGGCUUCAUGGGACAAAGUCACAACAGAUCAAGCGCAUACACCUGAUGCCGAGAAGAGGUAUAGACCAGGAUGGAUUCCACGACUUCUGGAUAUAAAUCCCUAUAAACCUUUUCAGAAGACCUCAUACUCUCCCCCAGAUGGUUAUUCAAAGGACUAUGAAGAUGCAAACAGCUUUGAAGAACUCUUUGGGCAGCAGUAUCAUUCAUCAGCAGGGAAUGAAGAUAACUAUGAGAGAUAUCAUUAUUCUCAGAAAGAUGAUGACUGUUCUAAGGAUAUUCGUCGGGAGAAGCUGUACCUGCAGUUUUACCAGCAGAUAGAGAAGGAAUAUGACAAGGAUAGACCUUCGGACUGUGUCAUUGUUUCCUUCAGCAAAGAUCAAGCGGAAUACUCAACAGCCAUAGGCCAUCGGUUGCAGGAUCAUGGCCUUGUGGUGGAAAUGAUAUACCUUACAUCUGAAUCAGGUCUUACACGUGCCCUCCAAGAAGUUAAAAACGAUGGUUCCCCAUUUUGUGUUCUUGUUGAGCCAUCUAAUGUAGCACUUUCCUCUUGCACCGUAAUCAUGCUUCAUCAGUCUAUCAAAAUACAUCGUAAUAUGCCCAUGGAGGAUGCAUUGGCUCUCAUAGCUAAAGAGUUUGAGAAAAUUAUUGCUGAGCGUGAAGAACAGGAACGUACAGAGAUUUCUCACAAAGCAGCUGAUCUGGCGGAUGACUACCUAAAGCGGGAGCUUUAUGAGAGUUACCAUGUGCCUCUAGCCAUUAGACAUCUCUUCUUUCUUUUAAGUGAGGGAAAACAUUUAUAUCUGGAAGAAUUGAAUUCAAUAAGUGACUACCUGAAGACCAGGAGAAAUAAGCUUGAAGGCUUUGUUGCAGAAACAAAUGCUUUAGCUGCCUCAUCUGAAGAUGCUGUGUAUGCACCAAGUGUCAGGCCAAGUACAAGCACUCUUCCCCAGACUCUAAGCAAACCGCCACCUCUUCUGCCAACCCCUGGUCGGAAUCCUGCAUUAGGCCAACCUGCUGCAUCUUCAACUAAGCCAGCUUUGUUGGGUGAAAGACCAUUGGGUGGCCUUCUUCCAACGCCAGGACUGACUGGUCCAAAGGGUAAACCUCCGCCUCUCCUGAUCAAGUCUACAAAAAGACCCAUCCUCCUACCUCCUUCUCUACAUCUGUCUGCAAAGCGACCGCUGCUUGGUGGCAGACCAGGCCUUUUGCCAACACCAGCUGCUCAGGCGAGAAAAGCACAACAUCAUUGGGUACCCAAGCCAAAGUUUCUGGCUUGAUGGAACACCUGGAUUGAUAAUGGAAUAAAUGGUCAGCCCUGAUGGCAACAGCCCUCUUCCAGGACAGCAGAGCUUGACAUAAGUAUGUUCUUAACAUACCAAGCAAGCUUAAACACACAUCACUUUUUGUUGUACACAUUCCUAAGAACUUUGGUUUCUUUGUUUCUUUUUUUUUACUUGAGUGGAAGAGUGAAAAUAAAUGUUUGUGGAAAGGUCAGUUUUAGAAUCCUAGUACUAUGAUGUUUUGAAUUAGUAUAAUCCCCAAAUAAAGAAUUUAUUUCCAGA